UCAGAUAUGGGGAAAACUAUUUCGUCUGCCUGGGUUGUGUUAUCUGUCUGAACAAUGUUGACAUAUUUUGUAUCUUUGAGUGGUAUUACAUUUAUUUUGUUGAUCUCUAUUCAGUCAGGAGGCUUUGUGUUUUCUUCUGAAUGCAACAGAAACAAGGAUCGCUGUUGCGUGAACUACUAUCGAUCGAGAUUAAAUGGACAAUGCACAGAAUGUCCGGCAGGAACAUUUGGCUUGAACUGUAGCAGUACCUGUGGAGACAAUUACUAUGGACGAUUAUGUAAGGAAGAGUGUCACUGCACUGAUGGUCAACAUUGUGAUCAAGUCGACGGAUGUCUAAACAAUCAUAGAGACACAACCAAAAGAGAAUCCGGCGUUAAUGAAACAAAUGCAGUUUUUGCAGUUAAAAGAAUUGCAAGGUCUUCAGAAUGUGAAAGUAACAUAGGACGGUGCUGUCUAAAUUACUACAAAGUAAAUGGAAACUGUACAGAAUGUCCGGCAGGAACUUUUGGCUUGAAUUGUAGCGGCACCUGUCCACGGAAUUAUUAUGGACUCUUUUGCGAGGAAGAGUGCAGUUGUACUGAUGGUCAAAACUGCGACUCAAUCAAUGGAUGUAUUCAAAACACGGUAUAUUCAACUUCUACCAAAGUCUUCACUGCAACACCAAUUUUUGAAGAUAUGUAUCUGUGGAAAAAUAUGACAUUUGCCUUCACUGGGUCCAUUGUAACUGCAUUCGCUGUGGCAGCAAUAAUGUGUUUAAGAUCAAGGUUGAAAGAGAAUCAACGACAACGGUCUUUAAGAUGCCAUGGGGAAGACCAGGCAGAUCUUACUGCUGCUAGACGGGACCACGGAGAGGCAAAUAUUGAAAACAUAAACCUUGAUCAGGAACAUGCACAUGAAGAAACGGCAGACAACAUGGACAAUCUAUAUGCCGAUUUAAGGUCAUCUAAACUUUUAGAUACAUAUAGCAAUGUUACAAAGAAAAACAGUUUUGCGACAUGUAGCACCAACAAUGAAAUUCCGAAUGAAGAUCAUUGUGAUUCCAAAAAUGAAUUUUUCAUCGAAAGUCCGAUGAUGUAUACAAACUCGAAUGAAGAAGCCAAUGCCAAAGAUGAAUCGGUACCAAAUUAUGAACAAUUUCAAAUGCCCUUCCAAUACAGCAUACUCUCUUUGAAGAGAAACCUUGACCCAUCUGCUACAGAAUUAUAUGGUAAGACCGAAUAUAAUAAUGCCGAUGCAUAUGACCUUGUCAAUGUGUAUGAAAACAGUAGAAGUAGUUCCUCAAGUAACAGCCAGUCAGAGAUGGAAACAUUGUUAACCAUCUUAAAAACGGAAAAUGAGAAAGAUGAACAGAGUGAUGAUGUUGACAGUCCGUGACAUAUACAUGUAAAUACCAUUAUUCUGGUGUGCUACUCAUGUACCUCCAACAAUUAUUCUUUUAAAAAUGAUCAUUUUAUAUCAUUGUAUUUAACAUGUAUGAAUUUGUCUUGAGCAUGUAAUGCAAUUGUUAAGGUAUGUCUGUCAAUUCCAAAAUGAAGAAAUAAACAUGCUACGUAUGAUUAUUAUGUACAUGUUGAAAUGACAAUUUUGAAAUUUGAGAUUUGAAAAUUUGCUUUGUGGUAAUUUUAAUUGUUUGAGACUAAUAUACAGCUGAACAACCAGCUGUUUGAUGUCUAACAACGUAAGUGGUUGCUUCGAUGUGUUUCUUUCAGAAUAAACAUCCUGAUAAUCAG